GAUACAUGAGCUGUCGGACAGCAGCAGCGCAGGAAGUGCAGGUUUUAGUGUUUGGUUGUUGGUUUAUAAGCGCUGAACUACUGAUAGCAACAGCAGGAUAGAUCAGGGUAGACUUGGAGCAGGGUAAUUAUAUUUCUGAUAUUUUGUUUGUUUUCUUUGCGGGUUGUCGUGUUCCAGCAGAGCUCUGGUUGCUUUCUUCCAGUAAAGUCUUCUGAAGCUACAGAGCACAGGUGACAAUGACCAGAAGAGUGGUGAAUAGACACAGUGCUGCCAGAGGCACAAACUGGCGAAUGAAAUCUGAGCAUAAAGACACCCUAACCAACACCAACGAGAUUCAGACGUAUUUCCAGGAUAUUCUAGGCUCUCUGUCACUCUUUGAUAACACAGCCAAUAAUGAUAUGACAAAGACAGGCAGGGUCCAGGAGGAGAGUACUGAGUCUUCAUCCUUCAAGGAGAUAAUAAGCGUUCCAUCCUCUCUGACAGAAUUCUGCCAACAAUUAAGAAACAGAAUCGCACAACAUUCACUCAACAACAUCUCCCCCGAGGAUCAGGAAACUUUGGCAUCAGUAAUGAUGGCAGAGUUAAGUCUUAUCUGGCAGGAUCUGCGUGGACUACCACCUGACCCCUUGUUGACGUCGGAGGAGAAUAAGGAGUUAAGCAGCCAUACUUACACUAAGGUCCUGUGCAUCUGUGAGGAGCUCUACCUGCAUUACUUCCAACAGCUGAAGAUGCUGGAAGGACGUACUGUCUUCAGCCACCACGUCAACCGCAGCUGCCUAGCUGCCAACAUGGCCGUGGACCUCAGCAGCGUUUUGAAUGCUCACUCAAUCCAUUGCAGUGUAGCGAUGGGGAUCAAGGCUAUGCGAGGUGAUGUGAAGUUAAGAGAUGGAGAGCAAGAGGAGCCUCCACAGAUACACACCAAAGCUGUUCCUAAAAGAUUAGAAAAGAUCUGCCCACAUAUCAAACCUAAGAAGAGCAUGGAGAGCAGGCAACAGAGUCGAGAACAAAUAGGAGAGCUGGAUCUAGAGAAGGUCUUUGACCUCAUGCCAUUUCACCAAGAGCCGAUAACUAGCAAAGUGGAGACGCACAGUGGCCCCGCAACUGUACCAACAAAGCUAGAAGAAGAUCAUUGCCUUUUUCAAAGCCGUGUUACCAGACUAAAGGGAUGCAGUUCCAUGCCAGACUUGCAGAGGGAGACACUGCUGGAAGAGCUGGAAGUGGCAUCACUGCCAACAAGGCCUCUGUCCCCUGUAACUCGACUGUCUGCAGACCCCUGCUACAGCCUGAACAAUGAAAUCGACCCUGCUGAGCACCUGAAAAGAUUGUUACUCACAGAUUCUAUAGAUGAGUCCACGAUGGCUGAUUUCCCUCUUCUAGUUGGAGCUUUGACAAGCCGUGGCUCCAGCAGACUGGAAGAACUGAAAAAUAGGCUGCAGAGACUCGAGAAAAAAGAGGAGCUGAAAGAAAAGAAGGUAAAGACUCAGCUUGAGACGGCCAGGCCGCAGCAUCCGCAGGCAGCAGUGGAAAGUGUCAGUGUGUCCACUCUGGGCAUUGCACGCAUGGCAGCGGCUCGUGUGAGUGACAGGGUUCUACACGAGACAAUCAACAUCAACAUGUACCCACCCGUCUACAACGACAUCACUGAGAUUGAGGCUUCAUCAGCUGCACUGCUGGAUCAGAACCUGUUUAGCGGAACUGAACUAAAAGACACCUACAAAGUUUUAUCUGAAAAUCUUUCGUCGGAGUACUUUAACUUUGAUGAGGACCCUAUGAGGGAGCCAGCUUUGAGCAGUGCUGAAGAACUGCAUGGCCUGAAACACAAGCAUUUAAAGAAGCUCAUGAACCCUGUGGACAAUUAUCUUAACUACAUUUCCAGCCAGGAUAGUGAUGAUGAGGAGGAGGAUGAUGAAAAUGAGAAGAUAAAGAGAGAACAAAUCAGGAAGCAGCAAGAGAAGAUUGAUGCGUUAAAGAGGCAGAAGGAGGCCUAUCAGUCUGGAUUCUGGAAUGCCAACACGGUGCUGAUGGGUGGUCUGUGGAAAGAGCCAGUGCCAGAUGAGGCAAAGGAAACUGAUGAAGGAGUCCUGCAUGUGGGGCCAGAAGUCCCAGUGGCAAAGUCUGAGGAAGGAGAGCAGAUACAUGCCAGGCUAGAGAGGAUCUGGAUGAUUCUGUGCCUGCCAGAGAUGCAGAGGUUGGACAUGGCUAUAAAGUACAGCACUCGUGCACACAGGGGCGAGAUGGAAGAGGCAAUAUCAGCAUGGGAGCAGGCUGCUCAGUUGAUCCAGCAGAGGGAAUACUUGUUAUCUCAUCUGGAAAUGUUCGAGAGGGUGGCAUCAGACCCAAGCAGGUUCUUCCAGACUGGUCACCAUGGGAGCUCUGCUGCCAGAAUGAAGGAGGCAAAGCUCAGGGAGAAACUGGAGUGUCAGAUAGCAGCUGUAGAUAAGGUGUUGUCCAAGACUGUGCGUCAUAUAUCAGAGACCUUUAAUGACACUGUAACCUAUAAGGGAAGGCCAUACAAAGAAAAGAUGCGUUGGGACCGCACCGAGAUGCUCUACUGGCUGCAGCAGGAAAGACGGGUUCAGGCACUGAAGAAGCUGGUGGAAGGGAAGGGGAGCCUGCCUGCUAGAUUACCUCCUCUUCAAACGACGUCUGACACAUGUUAAAACAUUUUAACGGUCCUUCUCAAAAAAUUUGCAUAUUGUGAUAAAGUUAAUUAUUUUCUGUAACGUACUGAUAAACAUUAGACUUUCAUAUAUUUUAGAUUCAUUACACACAACUGAAGUAGUUCAAACCUUUUAUUGUUUUAAUAUUGAUGAUUUGGGCAAAAAAUGUAAAGAAAACAAAAACAAACAAAAAUCUAAAAAAAAUUUGCAUAUUUCAUCCGACCAAUAAAAGAAAAUGUUUUUAAUACAAAAAA